AUGGGUUUAAUCUACUGGCUGCGGAGGCUGUACUCCCUGGAUACCCUCGACACUCGUUUCACCGUCUCCUCCACGACUCCUCUCAAGGCCGUCACCACACCCUCGUAUGCUCCUGGCGCGAGUGCUACCGAUGUCGAUGGCAAGAGAUCGGACUCGGCGAGAGCUGGCGCGCCUCCUUCGAGAUGGAAUACAGUUGAAUUCUAUGUCUACUACCUGGUUUUCCUUACUGUAGUGCCGCUGAUGUUCAAGGCAGUAAUCGAUAUCUCACAGCAUCCGGGCUGGAUACCAGGGCGUAGAGUGGAUAACUCAGACUCGCAAUACUCGACCUUCCGUGAUAACAUUCCCUACAUGACCAUACUGCUGGUGCUCCAUCCAUGCCUUCGUCGAGCCUACGAUCAUUUCUUUCCUGCAAAAGUGUCAACAGCCCGUCCGAUAGGCGGGAAGGCCAAGGACGAUGAUAAACCCCAAGGUGCUGCUGUUAACGCAGACGCUCGAUUGAGACAGCGGGUAGUCUUUGAUUACGCCUUUGGGAUAAUACUUAUUUUGGCCCUUCACGGGAUAUCCGCACUCAAAGUCCUUACCAUCCUCUGGAUCAAUUAUAUGAUUGCGACCAGGCUCCCCCGAGCGCGGAUACCUCUCGCCACAUGGGUGUUCAACAUUGGCAUACUAUUUGCAAACGAGCUACUCGAAGGAUAUCGUUUUGCAGAUCUUGCGUUGCUCCUAUCCUCGUUUAACCCUGGUUCUCCCCUCGUAGCGUGGGCUAAAUCGAUUGAUGGGAUCGGAGGGCUCGUACCGAGGUGGGAAGUUCUAUUCAAAAUCACUGUUCUCAGACUCAUCAGUUUCAACAUGGACUAUUACUGGAGUCUGGAUUAUCGGCCUGGAAGCCCUGUAGAGAAGAAACAAAUCGAUCCCUCUGCAUUAUCAGAGCGUGAUCGUGUCUCUACACCUGCGCCGCCAUCUGCAUACAGCCCGGAAAACUACCUGGCUUACAUUCUUUAUUCGCCGCUCUACCUUGCUGGUCCAAUUCUCACCUUCAACGACUACAUAAACCAACAACACUACACCCCUGCUUCUCUUACCCGAACCCGCACCAUCCUUUAUGGAAUACGCUUCCUCCUCACGCUCCUGUCGAUGGAGCUGAUUCUACAUUUUAUCUACGUUGUUGCAAUUUCCAAAUCCUCUCCAGACUGGUCGGCCUAUUCGCCCUUCCAGCUCAGUAUGCUGGGAUACUUCAACCUCCACAUCAUCUGGCUAAAGCUACUAAUACCCUGGCGGUUUUUCCGUCUCUGGGCGUUAAUUGACGGCAUCGACCCUCCCGAAAACAUGGUCAGGUGUAUGUCCAAUAAUUACUCUGCCCUCGCUUUCUGGCGUGGCUGGCAUCGGUCAUUCAACAGGUGGGUUGUUCGCUACAUGUAUAUCCCACUUGGCGGUGGUGGGCGAGGUAGAUCUAGCACCAGCAACCCCGGUGAUAGUAGUAAACCGUCUUUACUCGCCAAAGCUCGGGGUGUCAUGAACUUUCUCGCCGUCUUCACCUUCGUUGCAAUCUGGCAUGACAUCAACCUCCGACUGCUCAUGUGGGGGUGGCUCAUUACCCUCUUCGUCUUACCAGAAGUCAUUUGCACCAUUCUUUUCCCGGCAAAGAAAUGGCAGUCACGCCCAAACACAUACCGCGUGUUAUGUGGAAUUGGAGCGGUGGGGAACGUCCUUGCAAUGAUGGCCGCGAAUCUCGUCGGGUUUGCUGUCGGGCUGGACGGCCUGCAGGGGCUGGUACAGGGUAUCGUUGGCUCUUAUUCUGGACUUGGGUUCCUCGCUGCCGCGUGCGCAGCGCUGUUCGUUGGAGUCCAGGUGAUGUUUGAAGUAAGGGGAGCGGAGUUACGGGCCGGUGUCAGGCUGAAAUGUUAG